UCUGUUCCCCUUUCCUGCCUCUCUCUACUCUUCUCUCUCUCAAGCCGCUCGCCACUCGUCUCUGCCGGCGUCUUUGAGUUCUUCAUCCUCUUGCUGCACCCUUCCAGCAGCUGCUUUACGAACAUCACGUCUUUGAACUCUAUUCCAAGUUUUUUGUAUUUGCGUUUGGCAUCUGGCGGCUCCGGCAUGUAAUGUAAUGGGCGCCGGCGUCAGGCAGGUGAUUCGUUGAUCUUUUCUUCUCGGGUUGUAUAUCUCAUAUUGACCUCAGAAGGGAGGACUUCUGCUAGUUUGUUGGUGACGGUGGCUACUUGCGUCUAUCCGCAGGUACAGUGAGCCGAUAACUGGGUAUCCGGGUUCGAGGAGGCGAAGUUUUCGUGUCACACCUGUCUUUGUCCUCGGCAUCACUUUUCUAACGACGGUUUAUUCCAAGGCAAGACUUAGACGACAGUUUGAGAUUCUGGAGGAUUUUUUGGUCAAUUAUUUCGAAUUCGUCCAGGCUCCUUGAGCCUUUAUCGGAACAUAGAUUACGUUGUCUGGAUUGAAGAGGGACCAUUGGCAACUGGACGAAGGAACAACUACGAGAUCUUUCCACCAACGACGGUGAUUGCAUGCCUGAAGAAGUCACUCAUGUUAAGAGCGUAGGUUGGUGGUCUUCCUUCUGCGACAGAUAUGGAGAAAGAGUCGGAGCUUUUAGCGACGCGGAAUGCGGUAGGAAAUAGCGUGCUAUUGACGCCGCUGCAGCCUCUACCGUUCGGUAAGACCUUGUUCAAGAUUGCUCAGCCUGAUAAUGCUGACGACGAUGACGAUGACGACGAUGGUAACGAUUGCAUUUCUCUCAAAGAAUGGCAGCCAGCAGAGACGACAAGCCCAAGGCGUACCACCGCCGUCGCUGCUGCCAACGAGAAUGGGACUUCCUACAGCGCUUGGAAACCGGUAAAGGACAACGGGACUUCCUCCAAUGUCCUUCCGUCGAAAGGCAGCACCUGCACACUUCCCAUCGGUUACAGUCCUACUGUGGAGACGAGUGACGAUGUCUGCUCGUCCCCUCCCACUCAUAGAGAUACCACAGAUGAGGUCCCCUUGUCUGUACCCGAGAGAAAUGUUGAAGAAGACCAGCAUGAGGAUGACAGCGAGAAUGGAUCAUAUGAAGACUGCCUUGAGGAUGUUGUAAAGAAUCAACCCGAGGCUGAACCUGUCGACGGUGGAACGGUGGCCACAGAAACGGAACAUCGUCCGAAAACAUCUCACCACCAGCAUAACAUUAGCCUCGCGAAUGGAAUUGCACCAUCGAAUCCGACAGCCGGAAACGGAUACGAUAUCACCCUGGACGACCGAGACAAUAGUCUGUCGCGUCGUUCCACGGGAUCCAGCCGGGGCAGUUCCCUGCGUGUCUCCUUUAUUAACGAGGUAAUGAUCGACUCGCCUAGUCCACCUCGAAAAACCAGUAAAUCCCCACUUCGGACGCAAAAAGUCCGCAGCAGAAGCCCUCCCAAGAGACCCAGUUGGGAUAGUUCUGCGAAGAUUGGGAAGUCUGCGCCGCCCAUGCCCAAGAAAUUCGUUCAACCCACACUUCACGGCAUCAAGGUGAAGAAGGGUCAAGGCGGUGUUGCUAAGAUCGCAAAGAGAGCAUCCAUGACGUCCGCCGAAAUCGAGAACAGCCUUUCAAGAGAAGGUCGAUCGAGCUCCAGGGGAUUGGUAGCUCAGUCCUGGGAUUCUCAGCAGUACCGCGGUGGGAGCGAGUUUGAUGGCAUUUCUCAGAUGAUUUCUAGCCCCCUUGCGUUUCCAUCCCAGGAAAAGACCGAAGACACUCACAAAUUCUCUUCCACAACUGCCAAACCUUUUGUGCCUAAAAGCAAUGGCAUCCGAAAUCACGAAGUCCACGACUCACAGAAAGGGGGCGAGGAUUUUAAGCCUAUCAUGGAAUCCAAUAGUCUCACGGGAGACUUAGGAAAACUCUUUAACAAACUCCGGAGAUCAUCUGCUCCCCUGUCAAAGCCACCUUCGAAACCCCAAUCGCCAGCUCCGACGACGAAACUCUCAGCUGUCCCUGUGCUUAGCAAGAUGACGAGAGCGAAUUCAACGCCAGCAGAGAAAACCAGCAGUAAGAAGACUCUUGCCCCUCUCCAUUCUCUGGACUCGAGCGGUGUCAACCAGAAGUUCACUAUCGGCAGCCACGCAAGCUUGAAGCUGCUGCAGGAAUGCGCCUUAUCGGAGAAGAGUCUUCCAAGCGCUACAUACAAAGUCCGUAAACCUCGAAAGAUUCGGGACCACGAGCCUCACAUCCAUUUUUACAAGACCAUCUCUAAGACUCUAGACUCGAAGCUGAAGUAAGUGGACAAAAAGUAAUCCUUAGUCAAAUAGCAAAUUCUCUACAAUUGCCGUGUGGGAGGAGAGUUCACUGGUAAUCACUAUUGUAGAUUUUUCUACAGCCGGGAUCAACUUUUCUUCUUGUUAUUUCUCCCCUUUUGAUUAGAGUAGACGAUUAUAGACUAGUAAGCAGAGCAACAUUAAGUGUAGGAAUUUAUACGACUUUUGGUCUCUGUACUGUACAUAGUCGGCCCCUGCCGUUAUGUUUCUAGCUGUUGCCACACUAUGAAGGUAAUUCGUGAAGCUUGACCUGGAGACUGCAAGGAACGAUCACAUUUUCGGAUUCCACCGACCAAUUCAUGAGCGACGCUCCUCCCGAUUUGGGUCUUCUGGAGACCUAGACCUCGGAUAUACUUGUACCCUUCGAUUUUCCUUGGAUAUUCUGAAAGCGUCGGUGGGUAACACGGAGAUGUCGGUGUGGGUCAAGCGAUGUAUCUGUUCAGGACAACAGACAGCUACAGAGAAUGUGUUCUUGUGCUCGGCAGAGUCUUUGAAUUCUAGCGAUUCUCGGCUCUCUCACUCUCCCUACCUACUCUCUGCUGACUGAUCCUGUACAAUAGCUGCCUUUCAGAGUACAAGAUGCAGCUACUUUUUUGAGGGUGAAUAUAUAUCAUUUUGUUGCGUAACUCGUGAAUGGGAAAGAUCCACUUCACUAAUGAAGUUAAGAUGACGAUAAAAUCAAUCAGAUUGCUACAA